GUAUUAAAAACACUCCCCGUGACUGUGAGACCUAGAAGCCAAAGAUACAAAUUCGAACUGUAUGUACUCGGAAAGGACCCGAAAUGCGCCAGCGUGUCUUAAUAGCGGAGAAUGGCCUCUAGUGGAAGAAGCACUGACAAACACCCAUUUGUCCGUACACUGUGCUUUCAUAUUAAUUCCCCGACGUCCUGCCUCGACACUAUAACAUAAAGAGGACGUCCAACCCUGAGAAAUGACGCCCCCAUUCCCCCCGUGAGCAGUGGGAAAACAAACCACAGCAAUCCGGAGCGGAGCAGCUGCGCCAGAGUGCGGCGCAGCCGGGGAGGAGAUACGCGAACGCCGCCGCUCUCAGAGCCAUUCUCCGGCUCCACAAGAGACGAGUCCUCAUCGCACUUUGACUUCAUUUGUUUUUGUUAACGUUAUACACGGAGGAGAGGACAAGGCGCCGUCUAUAUACUGGACACACAGACGCUUCAGCGCGCGUAAAACACGGCGUUCUAGAACGUCUUCCAUUCUUGACGCGCUUUGAUGUCAUCCGGCGUGUCAGGGUCGGAUCGCUUCAUUUAUAGCAGCGGGUCGACAUUAAACUAGACGCAGAUCACAUCCAGAGUUAUCCCUACUCGCUGGCGGUCAGACAUGGAAGAUGGUCCGCCUUCCACAAGCUGUUUCCGAAGGUUCACGGACUGUUUCCUUGGCUCAAGUCUGACGGAUGAGAAAGUGAAGGCUUAUCUCUCCCUCCACCCGCAGAUGCUGGAUGAGUUUGUGCUGGAGAGCGUGAGCUCGGAGACGGUGGACAGAUGGCUGAAGCGGAAGAGCAGCACUCAGCCUGCAGAUGACUCCUCAGCUAAAGAAGUUAGCAGGUACCAGGACACAAAUAUGCAGAGCGUCGUUUAUGAGCUUAACAGCUACAUGGAGCAGCGGCUGGACACUGGAGGAGACAACAAGCUACUGCUCUAUGAGCUGUGCAACAUCAUCAAAACAGCCACAAAAGCUGACGGAUUUGCACUUUACUUCCUUGGAGAAUGCAACAAUAGUUUAUGUUUGUUCACUCCGACGGGGGCAAAAGAGGGGCUUCCUGGGCUCAUCCCCUCUGGUCCCAUUACGUUUGGGACCACCAUCGCAGCUCACGUUGCAAAGACACGCAAGACACUACUUGUAGAGGACAUCAUGGGGGACGAGAGGUUCCCUCAUGGUACAGGGCAGGACUCAGGGAUCCGUGUUCAUUCUGUUUUGUGUUUACCCAUCCUCACCGCCAUCGGAGACCUCAUCGCUAUCCUGGAGCUGCACCGCCACUUGGGCCGAGAGCCCUUCAACCUCAGCCAUCAGGAGGUUGCAACAGCAAAUUUGGCCUGGGCAUCUGUAGCCAUUCACCAAGUCCAGGUCUGCAGAGGUCUUGCCAAACAGACGGAACUCAAUGACUUUCUCCUAGAUGUGUCAAAAACAUACUUUGACAACAUAGUGGCAAUAGAUUCUCUACUUGAACAUAUCAUGAUAUAUGCAAAAAACCUGGUUAAUGCGGACAGAUGUGCGCUCUUCCAGGUGGAUCACAAUAACAAAGAGCUGUAUUCUGAUCUGUUUGAUAUCGGGGAGGAGAACGAAGGGAAACCUGUCUUUAGGAAAACCAAAGAAAUUAGGUUUUCUAUUGAGAAAGGAAUAGCAGGUCAGGUGGCCCGAACGGGAGAAGUUUUGAAUAUUCCGGAUGCCUAUGCAGACCCCCGUUUCAACAGAGAAGUAGAUCUCUACACUGGCUACACGACGCGGAAUAUCCUGUGCAUGCCCAUAGUCAGCCGCGGGACUGUGAUUGGUGUUGUACAAAUGGUGAACAAGCUGGGAGGAAGUGCCUUCACUAAAACUGACGAGAACAACUUUAAGAUGUUCGCCGUCUUCUGUGCUUUGGCCUUACACUGUGCAAAUAUGUAUCACCGGAUAAGACAUUCAGAGUGCAUUUACCGGGUGACCAUGGAGAAGCUUUCGUACCACAGCAUCUGUACGUCAGAGGAGUGGAAGACCCUCACUCAACUCUCCCUCCCUUCAGCCAUAUAUAAAGAGAUCGAACUGUUUCACUUUGACAUUGCCCCGUUCGAGGAGCUGUGGCCUGCAAUAUUCGUGUACAUGGUUCACAAUUCAUGUGGGAAAACCAGCUUUGAGUUGGAGAAACUGUGCCGCUUCACCAUGUCAGUGCGGAAAAAUUACAGAAGAGUUCCAUACCACAACUGGAAACAUGCUGUGACGGUGGCACACUGCAUGUACGCCAUUCUGCAAAAGACCACUGGGAUUUUCACUGAGCUGGAGAGGAAAGGGUUGCUGAUUGCCUGUUUAUGUCAUGACCUGGACCACCGCGGCUACAGUAACAGUUACCUGCAGAAGUUUGACCAUCCGCUGGCUGCCCUGUAUUCCACAUCCACAAUGGAACAGCAUCAUUUUUCACAGACCGUGUCCAUCCUGCAGCUGGAAGGGCACAAUAUUUUCUCCAACCUGACUUCCGGUGAGUAUGAACAGGUGCUGGAGAUCAUCAGGAAGGCCAUCAUUGCCACAGACCUCGCUCUGUACUUUGGCAACCGCAAGCAACUGGCUGAACUGCUGUCCACAGGGGCGCUGGACCUGAACAACCGCGCUCACAGGGACCGAGUGAUUGGUCUGAUGAUGACCGCCUGUGAUCUCUGCUCUGUUACCAAAUUAUGGCCCGUCACAAGACUCACAGCCAAUGACAUCUACGCCGAGUUUUGGGCUGAGGGAGAUGAAAUGAAGAAGAUUGGAAUGCAGCCCAUCUCCAUGAUGGACAGGGAUAAAAAGGAUGAGGUACCCCAGGGCCAGGUGGGGUUUUACAAUGCAGUGGCUAUUCCCUGUUAUACCACCCUGUCCGAGCUGUUUCCUCCCUCUGUUCCUUUGCUUGAAGCUUGCAGGGAAAACCUGUCCCAGUGGGAGCGCAUUGUGCAAGGGGAGGAUGUUUCUGCGUGGUCCUCGACCGAGGAGGCCGAAGCCAGCGAAACAUCAGACAGUGACCGGUUAAAGUGGACAACUGAAUCUGUGGCACCUUUCCCACAGCACCACCCACACCCUGCCAGAGACACUGGACUUCCUAUGGACAGUCCCACUUCCUGCAGAGACGGGAGGAAGUGCAGAGGGCAGGCGGACGAGGAUACUUUCAGAAAAAAAAAAAUAAACAAAACAUAAUGUUACCUCAGCGGGUGAUGGAGGCGCACACUCUAAUGACAUCAGGGCUCCCUUGUUGAUGGCUGGGACUCAAGUCCGGUUCAGCAGAAUGGGCGUCAUUAUUGGCAGUACUUUCCCUAAAGAGGUUGCUUUCUUUUAGGUUUUCUUUUUCAGUUUAUUUCGUGGUCUUACAUUUUGAAGAGGCCUUAAACACGAACCGGAGUUACGAUCUGACUCGUAGCCAGAAGACGGUUCGUCUAGUUUAAUAUGGUACAUUUUAUCCUGCUGUGGUCGGAAACGUACGCGAAGCUACUUGAGUGGAUUUCUUUUUUUAAAGAUAGACACAAGGAAUGUUUAGUCAAAGUUAAGGUGCAUGAGGCACAAAAAAAACGUACUGGUGGAUGUUUUAUAUCAUAUUUCGAGCAAAGCUGUUUUGCAGUACUUGAAUGAAGAAAUACAGCCUAUUCUGAGUGGAGAUGAAAACAAAAAAUCCCCUGCAGCGCGUCCUUCUGAAGCAAAAGAGCUUUUGUGAUGGUCUAAGUCUCACUCUCAACCUUACUGAAGUCACACACAAGUCACAAUGUUCCUCGCUGAAAUCUGCAGCAUCUUCCAACCUGAUAUGGAGUUCAGCUUUAACCCGUUGAAAGCCACUGGAGUCAGAAUUCAAAAUGGAAGCGUAUUACAUUCAUAAUGUAAUGUAUUUGUUUCUUGCGUUGGAUCACAUACUGUAACUUUUAAAGGGAUAGUUCACCCAAAUCUGAAUAUUCUGUCAUUAUUUACUUGUUUCCUUCUUCUGUUCAACACAAAAGAUAUUUUGGAGCAAGCUAAAAACCUCUAACCAUUGACUUCUAUAGUUGGUUUUUCUAUUAUGGAAGUCAAUAGUCAUAGGUUCUUCAAAAUAUCUUCCUUUGUGUACAGCAGCAAAGAAACCAAAAGAUUUAAAGUCAGUUUUUUUGGCCACAGCCAUAUAAUCCUGCAGCCCAAGACUAGUUAUUCACUGAAGCUAAGCAGGGCUGAGCCUGGUCAGUACCUGGAUGGGAGACCACAUGGGAAAACUAGGUUGCUGUUGGAAGUGGUGUUAGUGAGGCCUGCAGUGGGAGCUUAACUUCAGCAUGUGUGAGUCCUAACGCCCCAGUAUAGUGAAGGGGACACUAUACUGUCAGUGUGCGCCGUCUUUCGGAUGAGACGUUAAACCGAGGUCAUGACUCUCUGUGGUCAUUAAAAAUCCCAUGGCACCUCUCGUAAAAGAGUAGGGGUAUAACCGUGGUGUCCUGGCUGUGGUGUUUAAAACACACUGCAUUCUGUGGUGAACACUCAACUCUCUUUAUUCUUCUCCUUCCUUCUCCUCAACACUUUUUAUACACUUUCUUAUUGGAGUCCCCAGCAGUGCAGUUUUACAUUACAUGUUUUAAAGUAACCAUGAGUUACUGUAUACUUCUCAACACAACACUGGCCAAAUUCCCUCCAUCUGCCUUUAACAAUCAUGGCCUCCCAGUCAUCCCCAUCCACCGAAUUGGCUGUAUCACCGUCACUCCACUCCACCAAUAGCUGGUGUGUGGUGAGCGCACUGGCACUGUAGUCCAUCGGAUCAUCUAAGUGCAUCCAUACACACUGGUGGUCGUGUGGAGAGACCCCCUCCCUAAUGAUUGUGCUUUGGGUGUAUGGUGUAUACACGAUAAAUGCGCUAUAUAAAUACUCAUUACAUUACUUUAGGGAGAGUAAAUUGUGCAUUUUAUUUUUGGGUGAACUAUUCCUUUAAAUUCAAACCUUUUCCUUAAUUUAUUAAAUCUAAGCUACAAAAACACAUUACAUACAACAUUCUGAUGUCCGACUGCCCACAUUUACACAUCAGCUACAGAACACAGAUAGGCUGUUCAGAAAAUUACCCUGGUACAACUAGGUAACUGUUUCAAAAAGUCACAUGGCCUUUUUACAGUGUGAAGGCUGUAGAAAGUGUUACUGAAAUACGGUAACAAUGCCUAAAUAACAGACAAACAGCAGCAUGAUUCUUUUCAUGACUUUUAGACGACGUGACCAUAUUUCUAAUACACUUUAGGUUAUCAAAAUCAGUUUAAAAAUUAAUGUUUAUUAUUAAAUUAGUUAAAAAACGACUGGAUCAAUAUGCAAAUCGAACUGUUUUUUAAUUAAGAAGCAGUUUCUAUUAUUUUCCUCAAAUAUUAUUCAACCCAAUCUGUUAAUUGACACACGCAAAUAUUAUUUACUUGUUUCUUUCUUCUGUUGAACACAAAGGAAGAUAUUUUGAAGAAAGCUGAAAACCUGUAACCAUUGACUUCCAUAGUUUCCAAUGGUUCUCCUACUAUGAAUGUCAAUGGUUACAGGUUUUCAGCUUCCUUCAAAAUAUCUUCCUUUGUGUUUAUCAAUAAUAAAAUCAUGAUGGUUUAAACUCACUUUAGGGAGAGUAAAUAGUCAAUUAAACUAUUUUGGGUUACAUUACAUUUGAAUUUAAUCUGAGCUUUAAAAACAACUGGAUCAAUGGCUUGGAUAUGCAAAUAGAACUCUUACUAAUUAGGAAACAGUUGCAAUUAUUUUCCUUAAAAGAUAACUCUUUUUAUUAGUCAACCCAAUUUGUAAAUUGACCCUCAUACACACACAAACUAAAGAUAAAAUGACUGAAUAUAAGUGAAGAGAUAUGCAUCUGGUUAAAAAUAACAAAACAAUAAUACUGCAGGCGGCACGGAGGCGCAGCAGGUAGCCUCUCAGCAAGAAGGUCGCUGGUUCGAGCCUCGGCUGGGUCAGUUGGCAUUUCUGUGUGGAGUUAGCAUGUUCUCCCCAUGUUCGCAUGGGUUUCCUCCGGGUGCUCCGGUUUCCCCCACAAGUCCAAAGACGUGGUAUAGGUGAAUUGAAUAAGCUAAAUUGUCAAUAGUGUAUGUGUGUGAACGGAAGUGUAUGGGUGUUUUCCAGUGAUGGAUUGCAGCUGGAAGGGCAUCCGCUGCGUAAAACAUAUGCUGGAUAAGUUGGCGGUUCAUUCCAUAAAGAGACUAAGCCAAAAAGAAAAUGAAUGGAUGAAUAAUACUGCACACUUUAAUAAAUGAUUUGGACUGACGCCUUAAAAACAACAGCAGGAGUAUGAUCAAUCCACCAACAUAAAUAAACAAACACAGCAAUGGUCUCGAACUCAACUCCUGGAGGGCCACCACUCGGCAAAGUUUAGUUCACCACCUACAAAUCACACCUGCUUAAUAGUCAUCUUGAACACCUUGAUUAGUUACAUCAGCUGUGUUUGAUUAGGGUUGAAGCAAAACUGUGCAGAGCUGCGGCUCUCCAGGAAUCGAGAUUGAGACCAAUGAGGUACAGUAUGAGAGUCCUGCAUGUUUGAAUUGUCCUAUUAAAGAAUUAGAUAGAAAUCCAAAAUAAAAACCUGAAAACUUUCCGGCGUUCAUACUGUGGAUUAAGCUUUGUAACCGUCAUUCCCAAAUGAUUCACAGGCUUUAAGAUUUGAUGUCUUCUUUACACAAAAUCAACAGCAGUUUUCCAGUUUUACCACUCUAUGAGCACAUUCUGUUGCUAAAGCUUUAUUCUGAGAGAGAGAAUAAAGCUUUUUUCUGAGAGAGAGUAGCAGUAAACAAGGGACUGGAGCUUAGUAAAUGGCCAACUAAAUAUGCAUCUGACUUGCAUAUUUUUAUUUAAUUAAUAUUCGCCAUAAUUUGUCCAAUAUCAAAUGCAGUUUAAUACAGGCAAAACAAUUAGCCCUCCUCCUGUGAAAUUGUUCUUUUUUAAACAUUUCCCAAGUGCUGUUUAACAGAGAUAUAUUAUUUUGAACACAUUUUUAAACAAUAGUUUUAAUAACUAAUGUCUAAUAACUCAUUUCUUUUAUAUCUGCCCUGGUGACAGUAUUUUACUAGUUAUUUUCCAACACAUUAGCUUAUUCAACUUAAAGUCGCCAUGAAAUCAAAGGUUACUCUUCUUAUUUAUACAUGUAUAUAGCAGUUCUUGUUAUAAAUAUUAUCUGUGCGCUUCAUUCUUUUGUAAAAAUUCAUAACCUUUAAUCAAAAACCAUGACCUUCCCUCUCCCACGAAAUGACUUUUCUUCACAUACUGGUAAUUCCUGGAGUUACUUUAGGGCGGAGCUAUCAGUCCUUUAGGAAGGAGAUAUCAGUAAUUUAGGAUGGAGAUAUCAGUAAUUUAGGGCAGAGCUAUCAGUCCUUUAGGGUGGAGCUAUCAGUCAUUUAGGAUGGAGAUAUCAGUAAUUUAGGGCGGAGCUAUCAGUCAUUUAGGAUGGAGAUAUCAGUCAUUUAGGAUGGAGAUAACAGUAAUUUAGGGCAGAGCUAUCAGUCAUUUAGGAUAGAGAUAUCAGUCAUUUAGGGCAGAGCUAUCAGUCCUUUAGGGUGGAGCUAUCAUUCAUUUAGGAUAGAGAUAUCAGUAAUUUAAGGUGGAGCUAUCAGUCCUUUAGGGCGGAGCUGUUAGUCCUUUGGGGUGGCGUUAUCAGUCCUUUAGGGCGGAGGUAUCAGUCAUUUACUGCAGAGCUAUCAGUCUUUUAGGGUGGGGCUACCAGUCGUUUAGGGCGGAGCUAUCGGUUGUUUACUGCGGAGCUAUCAUUCCUUUAAGCUGCGGUCACACUGGGCUUUUCCUCCCAUAGACUUCCAUUCAUACACACGCGAAUGCAUCAGACCGGAAACGCAAGAUCAUGCGUCAAGUUUCGCAUGUUGCUGCGGUGCAAAGUUCAAGCUUGGUGAACUCUGACCUGUGAAAUCGCAUCACUUGACCGCGUGAGACCAAUCGAGGAUCAAACAUGACCUCUCUGGGGUCACACAAAGCCCAGUGUGACUGCAGCUUCAGGGUGGAGCUAUUAGACCGUUAGGGCGGAGCUCUCUAUCCUUUAGGCUGUAGCUCUCAGUACUUUAGGGUGGUGCUAUCAGUUCUUUAGGGUGAGCUGUCAGUCAUUUACUGCGGAGCUAUCAGUCAUUUAGGGCGGAGCUAUAAGUCAUGUAAGGCGGAGCUAUCAGUAAUUUACUGCGGAUCUAUCAGUCCUUUAGGGUGGAGCUAUCAGUCAUUUAGGGUGGAGCUAUCAGUCAUUUAGGGUGGAGCAAUCAGUCAUUUGGGCGGAGCUCUCAGUUAUUCAUGGCUGAGCAAUAGGUCCUUUAGGGCAAAGCUAUCAGUACUUUAGGGCGGUGCUGUCAUUUAUUUAGGGUGGAGCUAUCAUAGCAACACCCAUCUUUCAACCAUCCAAUCAGUUCCUAAAGAAAAAAAUCAUGCACCGCCCUACAUUUCUUAUUUAUUUCAAGUGGAUGUACAUCAGAAUAGCGGAAAAAGGACAAUCUUAACUUCAUGGUGACUUUGAAGUGCAAGUCUUAACUAGAUUAACUAGGCAAGUUAUUGUCAUUGGACAGCAGUGGUUUAAUAUAUAUUUAUAUAAAAAUAAACUGAAAUUUAAAACUGCCUUUUUCUGAAGAAAACAAUAAUAUAGGAAAUACUGUAAAAAUGUCCUCGCUUUAUUAAAAAUGACUUGGGAAAUAUUUGAAAGACAAAACAUUUCACAGGAGGGCGCUUCAUUUUGCCUGCAUUUCGCCUUGGUUUCAAAUGGCCACAAUCAGUUUGGGGGCUUUUAUUUAUUUCUUUUAUACCUGUAAGAAGCACCUGUGGAGGAUGAUGGAGCUCUGACUGACUGAUGAUGGCCUUCUGUAAAUACUGCAGGACUGAUGAGUGAAUGUAAUCAAUACUGUCACAAAACUGCUUCAAGAUGCCUGUUAGUUUUGAAGUGUACCAAAGGCGUACGCCGUCAGAUGUGGGAAUGUUAAUCAUGGCUUCCAAUGGUUGUGCGACAUGCUCACUGUGUAGAGAUUGAGUUUGGAGAUGUAAGCUACAUUCUAAUGGUGCUAUCUUAGGCAGUCAUGCACUUUCUGAUCCUGUGUGCAUGCGAGUGUGUGUGCUUGCGUGUGUGUGUGUGUGUGUGUGUGUGUUUGCUCUGGAGUAAUGCUACCAAUCCCACCUACAGAGUCAGCACCUCAGUCACCAAGAUUAUCCACAACCAGUUGUCUUUUCCCCUCAUAUGCACUAUGUUUAGAGACUAUUAUUAUUAUUGUUAAUAAUAUUAUUGCGCCUAUUAUAUUAUUAUUAUUAUUAUUGCCACAGUUAUUGAUUAUUACCAUUGUUAUUUUGUUAAUUAGAGUUCGAUUUUAAAUUAACUUAUAUUUUUUAUACAAAGUUUAGCAUUUUUUUGUUUUGUUUUGUACAGAAACAAAUUGUACAUUAUGGAAUAAAGCGAAUGGUCAUUUAGAGAAACUGCAUAAUGUCGAACGAGAUAAAUGUCUCGACUCUAAAUGUAAGAGCAGUAAUUACUUUUAUUAAAUAUUUCUGACAAACUCAAA